AUGGAUACAACGAAUCCAAUAGAUACCGAUUUUAUUACUAUGUUUAAAAGAUUCCUCCAAAAUCAGAAUCAAUUCAACCAGUACCUUGCUGAUAUGACCCAACAGCAGCAAGCAACUAACGAUCACUUACAAACAUUAGUUACAGGAACCUCAAAAUCCAUAGAAACAUCAGAAAGCAUUUUUGAUACAGACACAAGAGAUCAAAGAAAUGCAAGUUCCAAAGAAUUAAACGUCCACUUUCCAGUGUUUAGCAGGAAAGAUGGUGAAAAUGUUCUUACCUGGCUUCUUCAAGUAGAUCUUCUUUUUAAAGCCAAAAAAGUAGAAGAUGAGGAACGGCUGCAGUAUAUAAUAACUGGAUUGAAAGAUGUGGGAUUACAAUGGUAUCUAAACUUAGUUCAAGCUGAUGAAAGUAAUCAACCAUUUGCAGGUUGGAACUUAUUCUCUACCAGUAUUAAAGCUGCAUUCCAACUGCCCCAUCACCAACAACUUUUAAGGUGUCAAUUAAGAGAAUUAAAACAAACAUCAUGGUCCAAGAGACUGAAAGGAGCCACAAAGGCUGAAAUCAACUAUCUGGCCCUGGAAACCUUGGACAAAGCAGUAAAACUCGCCACAAGUUAUGAUUCAGCAAUGUACGGAACAAAGAACAACUAUAAUUAUUCUUCAAAAUGA